AUGCUAGCGAAGCCCGAAUUUUACGACCCAAAAUUGGAUGAGAAGAACGAAUCAUGGGCUGAGAAACAAAGAGGAGGCCGAACCUCCGACGCUGUGCUCAGCUGCCCUGCUUGUUUCACUACCCUCUCUUUGGAUUGCCAGAGGCAUGACAAGUACGUGACCCAAUACCGAGCAGUUUUUGUUGUCAACUGUAGAAUAAAGGAGGAAGUGCCAAAACCAGGAAGUAGACGAAAGAGGAACACAAGAAAUUCUCAAGCUGAAACAGAUCAAACCGGUGCAGCUGAGACAUUUAAACGCGUCUGCUGUGCAGUUUGCUCAACGGAUGUGGGUGUUAUUGACGAGGAUGAGAUCUAUCAUUUCUUGAAUGUUAUUCCCAGCGAAGCAUGACUUUUGCCUUUUGAAUUUCUACUAAGGUUCUCUUGCUCUAUUAGAUGAAACAAAGCGGUUCUAAAGUAUACAGAGAAUUAUUUACUUCUGUAUUUGAAUGAACAAAAGAAAAUUAUAUGGAAUUUUGCUAACUGAUUAGUUACGCA